UGGAAUAAUUAGCUUUGGAGAAGUCUGGGAGGGCACAUAUAAAGGCAAUAAAGUAGCUAUUAAAGCAAUAAUAGGGAACAUCAUGUCAGAUAUUGACAUUAUAAACGAGGCUCAUAAUCUGGCAAAGGCCAAUCAUAAGAACAUCAUCAAACUAUAUGGCACUACGUAUCACAAUGAUAGAAGCUUCUUAGUUAUGGAAUAUAUGGCUGGUGGAUCACUGUGGCAUUUAUUGCAUCAGCAGAAAAAUAAAAAAUAUGAACUGACUGAUAGCGUUCGCUGGUUAACUCAGGCGGCAGAGGCUCUGGCUUAUCUAAUAUCAAAAAUAGGAGUUCAUCGCGAUGUUAAGCCCCAGAAUAUGUUGCUUGAUGCUGAACAAAAAAAUUUGAAAAUUUGUGAUUUUGGCAUGGUACGAAAAGUGGCAACAUUUAUGACAAACAAAAGGGGAACGGCCGUAUAUAUGGCACCCGAGGUUUUCAAUGGCUGCAAAUACUCUGAUAAAUGCGAUGUGUAUAGCCUGGGCAUUUCAAUGUGGGAAGUUUUUGUGCGUAAGGAACCUUAUUCUGAUGUUGAUGUAACAGGAAAUGCAGGGCUCUUAAUGGAAAUUGAUAUGAAAAAUCUACGACCCUCCCUAACGGAUUUGGCUAAUAGCGAGUGCCCCAUGAACAUUCAAACAUUGAUAAAGAAGUGCUGGGAUAAAGAACCGAACGUGCGACCAUCCAUGCAAGAGAUUGUGGACGAAUUGAAGUCGACAAAGCUAUAAGCGUAAAAAUAAUAAUUUCAUAUUGUAACGAACCUAUUUGCUAGGUUGUGUUUUAGCGAAGCUAAGUUCGAUCUCAGUUCGCGCAACAAAUUUAUUAAUUGCGUUUCCAAUAAUUAACAAAACAGUCGAUGCAUAUACUCGUAUAUUAAAACUUGCUUUAUUAACUUC